ACCGCUCAGUUUCCGAACGCACGCCGCCCCGACCAGACGCGUGGCGUGUUCACCAAAAUUAAACCAUCUUGCCCCCAAAACAGUGGCUGUGAUACCAUAGUGAUAGUUUUAAUUGUAAGCUUAUUGGAAAUUGUUUAGGUCAAAGCAGACAGCAAUGUUUAUAGACGAAAACGAAGUGCCGGAGUCAUGGUGGGUCUCCGCGGCGCUGAAGGCGAUCCGAGCGGUCGCACUCGUGUUCGACGUACUCACCUUCCCCGUGCACCUCGCGCUGCAGCGGCCGUGGCGGAAGCGAGCCCUCUCCCGCCGGAUCAAGGCCCGCAUAAUCCAGAGCAGCAACGACAGCGUGACAGUCCGCUCCGUCGCUGAGCCCACGGAGCUCCACCUUCGCAUGGUGCGCGACAAUGUGCUCACCAUGGAGGGCAUGCUCCGCGCCGCCGCGGCCCGCUGGGCUGACAAACCGGCGCUAGGCACCAGGACAGUGCUCGGUGAAGAGGAUGAACCACAGCCUAAUGGAAGAGUCUUCAAGAAGUUCAAGAUGGGCACAUACACAUGGCGGUCAUACACCGAAGUGGAGGCCGAGGCGAGCUUGUUCGCGGCCGGACUGAGGGAGCUCGGCUGCGCGCCGCGUCGCAACGUCGUCAUGUUUGCUGAAACUCGAGCCGAGUGGAUGAUCGCUGCCCACGGCUGCUUCAAGCAGAGCAUCCCAGUGGUAACAAUCUACGCGACCCUCGGCGAUGACGCCAUCGCGCACGGCAUCAACGAGACAGAGGUCUCCACCGUCAUCACCACACACGAGCUGCUGCCCAAGUUCAAGACGAUCCUCGCCAAGACGCCCAUGGUCGACACCAUCAUCUACAUGGAAGACCAGCUCAAGUCAACCGAUACUAAGGGAUUCAAGGAGGGAAUCAGGAUUAUUGCCUACAAGGAUGUGCUGGAGAAGGGCAAAUUCUCCAAGAUUGAUUCAGUCCCUCCCUCUGCCGCUGACACCGCCAUCAUCAUGUACACGUCUGGCUCCACCGGGGUGCCCAAGGGCGUCAUCCUGUCGCACCGCAACAUGCUCUCCACUCUCAAGUCUUUCGUCGACGCUGUGCCUAUUUACGACAGUGACAUUCUGAUGGGUUUCCUGCCUCUGGCUCACGUGUUCGAACUCCUGGCCGAGAGUCUUUGCAUCAUCGCUGGCGUCCCGAUCGGUUACUCUACGCCGCUGACCAUGUUGGACUCGUCGAGCAAGAUCAUGAAGGGCACGAAGGGAGACGCGACUGUACUCAAGCCUACCUGCAUGACCACUGUUCCUUUGAUCAUGGACCGUAUCAGCAAAGGUAUCACGGAUAAAGUGACCCGCUCGGGCCCCAUGGCCGCUGCGGCCUUCAAGUGGGCCUACACCUACAAACUAACCUGGAUGCGGCGCGGCUACGACACGCCUCUGCUUAACAAACUGAUGUUCUCCAAAGUGUCCGCUCUGCUCGGCGGCCGCAUGCGCCUCAUGAUCUCCGGCGGAGCUCCAUUAUCCCCCGACACGCACGCGCAGGUGCGAGUGUGCCUGUGCUGCGACGUGGUGACCGGCUACGGGCUCACCGAGACCACCUCCUGCGCCACUGUGGCCGACGCCCACGACAGGUCUACUGGCCGCGUGGGUGCGCCGACCACUGGAACUGACAUCCGGCUGGUAACUUGGGAAGAAGGCAACUACCGCGUCACCAACAAACCUUUCCCGCAGGGUGAGAUCGUGAUCGGGGGCGGCAGCGUGGCGGAAGGCUACUACCGCAACCCGGAGAAGACUCGUGAGGAGUUCUUCGACGUGGAGGGCCGCCGCUGGUUCCGCUCCGGGGACAUCGGAGAACUGCAUCACGAUGGCUGCAUUAAGAUCAUCGAUCGUAAGAAGGACUUGGUGAAACUGCAAGCUGGCGAGUACGUGUCCCUCGGCAAGGUGGAGGCUGAACUCAAGACCUGCCCCAUCGUGGAGAACAUCUGCGUGUAUGGCGAUAGCUCCAAGAACAACACCGUGGCGCUCUUGGUGCCCCAUCCGCAACAUCUGGCUGAAUUGGCUGCUAGGGCCGGCCUCCAAGAGAAAGAAUUCGACAGACUCUGCAAAAACUCCCAAGUGGAGAAACUGGUAGUGAAGGAGCUCGCCGAGCACGCCAAGAAGUGCGGCCUGGAGCGCUUCGAGGUGCCCACCGCCGUCAAGCUGUGCACCGAGGUGUGGUCGCCCGACAUGGGGCUGGUCACGGCCGCCUUCAAGAUCAAGCGGAAAGACAUCCAGGAGCGCUACAAGGACGACAUCAAGCGCAUGUACGCCUCGUGAGCCGGGACUCCCUAACCGGUGUGUUCCGGAAUCUUGCAAGGCGAUGGUGAACCUAGUUUGCAUUUUUAAAUACUCUUAGAAACGGUUGCACCGACUACUGACAGAUUGUGGCCUAUUUCACAUCAGUGACUCUUCGUCGUUCCUUGCCUGUCCGACAAGGAAAUGUUGACGCUGAGUAACAAUGUUACUAACCCAGAAUUGUGGUCACUGUGUUGAAAUAACCCACUGAUUUCUAUAUUCCAAUGUUGCAACCUAAUAGUGACAAUCGGUUGUGUGCAACCGACAUUGAUAUUGUAGUAUUUCCUUUCAAAUAUUCAGCUCAUAAUGAUUUCAUAAUAUUUAUGAUUUCUGCAAAUUUGUUUAAACUAGGUUUCUAUCGCCGUGAAUUUUAAAGCUAAAUCUAGUGUUUUACUGAUAUUCUAGGUCUUUGAAAUCAAUAGUUUAUUCUUUAAUCGUCGUCGGAAGAACACUAGACGUAGCUGUAGGAUACUUAGAUAUUGAAUCAGAUCGUCUACUCAUAUGUCAAUUUAAAAAAAUGGAAUAGACAUAUGAGUAGAAGAUAUGUUGAAACUAGUUUCGUGUCAAACUAAUAAAUAAUUCCUUGCGAGAACACGGUGCUCGCAGCCGGGGCGAGAUGUACCGGUACCGUGAUUACCGGUAACUCUGCAGUACCGGAUAUUCGUAGCCACGCGUCGGCAGGUCCGCGCUAUCUUGGCAUUUCGAAACCAUUACUUAACAACACAUGAACACAUGUAUCGCUACUGGUCUUUAUUAGACAUACGGAAGUCAAAAUCAGUAGAAUCUGAGUGUUCUAUUAUGUUAGCUCUAGCGUUUCGUUAAGCCAUGAGAUUUAAAGUGGUAGAUAGCAAUUGAAUUCAAAUGUUUUUUUAUUCAAUUAUACCAAUGAAAUUAUUACAACCGAGGUUUUAAUGAAAACUUGCUUACUUAUCUAUGAUAAAGGUCAGUAGAAAGUGGUUUCGAACCCAUAAUCGGCGAUUUCUGUACAUAAAUGUUAUUAAUAAAGGUAUAAAGGAUACGAGAAGCGCCUCUGUGAGGCGAAAGCUGUUGUAUUUAUUUAUUUCAAUCGGGAACGUCAAAUUACUCACGAGGGAGGAACGGGGACACCGUUAGAAACGGAGUGGAUCGUCAGGAACGAGUUUGACACCGCUAGGAACUGUACAGAUUUCUUCAAUGGGAUGUAGUUUUGUAUUUUGUAAAUUAUUUAUGAAAAUAAUAGGUAGCUUAGCGGACCGACUAGGCCUCAAUUUUUAUAGAAUUAUUUGUAUAUCGUGCACAUCACAUUAUCUUUUUUAGAUAUGUAAACGUUUUAAAUAUUUUAUGCCAAAUACAGUGUGUAAAGAACGGAAUAUCAUCGUCGUUGAUCUUACUGUUUAUACACGGGGCUCUGUUUUAUAUUAGAUAUUUGUUUGAUAAUUUUAGAUAUUUUU